AUGUCGGCCCUAGCCUCCCCCACAACCCCAACAUCCCCUCCAGCCCUCAACAUGGCCACAAAGCCCACACGCUCCGUUUCCUUCAUGAAGCACGCCACCGUCACCAAUAUCACCGACAGCACCACUAGCAACAAGGGCGGGAACACGACCGUGGUGCUGACGGGAGCCCCUGGGAAUGUGAAUCGAUCCUCCUUCCGGCCUGGUCGACGACCAGGUUACGUCCGCAAGGGACCUGUUCAGUCUGACUCUGACGCUGAUUCGGACUCUGAGGACAUUGUGGAGGAGGAAGAUGAAGAAGAGGAUGAGAAGGCGAAUGGUGGAAUCAGGAACGGAAUCGGUGCAUUCAGCCCCAAGCCAGUAGCAGGAACGAGUGCAACAGUGGGUGGGGUCGUACGGCCGGGUCAGAACUAUGUCCGUCGAGCGCCUGUUAAUUCUGAUACAGAGUCGGACGAUGAUGAGCCCGCCAUGAGAUCAGCAACGGUAGCACCCGUUUCCACAUCUACGCCCAUAGCUGCUCUCAACCACACCAGCAACAGCACUGAGGAGGAGGAGAACAGUGACACGGAUAACGAGGACAAGAAGAGCGGUGGGGGAGUGGGAGGGUUGGUCAAGUCCAUGGCUCAAACCCGGAUCGCAGGUCCAGGACAGAACUAUGUCCGCAAGGCGCCUGUCAACUCUGACAGCGAAGACGACGACGAUGACGACAAGCAGCAUAAGCCAGCUGCAAGAUCGACUCCUGCAGUUAAUUCUCCUGCCCCACAACAACAACAACAACAACAACAACAGCCUCCUCACUCUGGUGGGAGUAUCCAUAACCGACACUUGAACACCGUAUUGGGAACCACAGGACUAGGAGGAUCCUCUGCGCCCCAUUCACGCACUUCCUCAUAUGACCCUUACGCCGCCGCUACUGUUGGAAUCGUAGGAGGACUGGGAGUCGGGGGCAUGCCGUCUCCGUUGUCGUCGCCAAGAUCCGGGCCUGUCGCCACAUCACCCUACAACGCCUAUACCCCUCCUCCCGCUACGAACCUGGGUAUGGCCAUCAACAACACCAGCAACUCGAGUCUCGGCAACCUCAGCAACAGCAGCUCCAAUCCGUACCUCGCCGCAUCGGCGACAUCGGCGUCCUCACAAAUCGCAACGUCAAACCUGGCAACCUCAAUGGCGAUCUAUCAACAGCAACAACAGGAAAUGGUGAUGAUUAUGCAGCAGCAGCAGAUCCAGAUCGCGACCAUGCAGCAGCAACAGCAGGCGUAUCAGCUUCUUGUUUACCAGCAGCAACAGCAGCAUCAGCAGCAGUUGCAGGCUGUUCACCAGCACCAUUCUCGUGCUGCCAGCGCUAAUGGAUCCGUGCAUAACCUCGACACCAACACCAACAAGGUCAACACGAGUGAUAGUGACGAUGAUGUGCCAUUGGGGGAGAAACAGAACCAUCUCCCACAACUGCCCUCGUUGCCUCAGUUCUCGUCCCUUAUGGGCAUGGGCUCAUCUUCCUCGUUCACAACCCCGUCAUCUCCCACGAUGGCAGCGACGACUAUUACACCUGCAUCGCCCAACACUUAUUCCCCACACCUCUCGGUCCAACAGUCGCCCCUCCUCCAACAUAACCGUCAGCUCUCGACGUCCUCUGUUCAUUCAGUUGUCAACAACGGCAGUGGUGCUGUUUACCACCACCAACCAAUUUCCUCGUCCCCUCUGAACCCCGCAACCAGCAACGCCCCCCUCACUGGCUCCCUCCUCGGCGGUCAACAGCAAGUCUACAAUGGAGGGCAUUCUUACAGCCAAACGUCCUCCCAGCCACGUCUGAGCGAUUUUAUUGAAGAAGAACAGGAACGGUUGAUCAGAGAGCAACACCUCCAAGCGACCGCCGCCGCUCUUGGCGGACACGCAAUGACGACUCCUCCUACAUCGUUCAAUGGAGGAACCAGCCUGUUGACUAGCAGUUUCCCGGCCGGUUACCGUGGUAGUGUGGCGUCCGUGGUGACCCUCCAGCAGGCUUCGGGGAUCGAUAGAGGGUCGAUGGCGUCCUUGAACUCGACUGGAUCCAACGGCUCUGGUGGUUCUGGAGGCUCGGGAGGGGGAGGAGGAGGAGGACAACACCGCCCCACAGGAUCGCGGGACUCCUUCAUCCCCCAAAUGGGCCCUACUCUCAUCCAGCAACAACAAUACCUUACCCAACCUCAUCAAUUCCACCUCCAACAACAACAACAGCAGUUCCUCCCCUACCAGCAACCAGCAACGCUUAUCCACGUCGAGGCAAAACCCCCACCCCCCUCCGCAGGACUUGUUGGUGCCAUCUCGGCAAUGGAACGGGACAAGAAGCUUGCUAAAGCCCAUGGAACCAACCAGCUACAGUUCCAACACCAACAACUUCAACAGCAAAUGAUGGUGAAUGUUGAGAAGGAGCGGUGGUUGCAGGAGCAGAGGCGGUCUGCUUGGGAGGCCGGCCAGUUCCCUCAACAACAACAGCAGCAGCAGUUUGGACAGCAGGGGCAGUUUUUGCAACAGGGUGUGAUGCCGGGAAUGGGACAGCAGCAGCAGCAGGUGUACUAUCAGCAACAGCCUAUGAUGAUGCAGCUUCCGAUGCAGCAGCAACCUGGGUGGACGUCUGCGGAUGAGGAUGAGGAUGAAAGACCCUUGGGCGCUGCUCAUUAA